AAAACCAUCAAUGGCCCUAUCCCACAACAACAUUCAAGAAAAUCCCAAAAUCUUGAUGAUCAUCAUCUUCCUCUUCACCAUCCUUUUCACCCCAAAUUCAAAUGCCCUAAGUUGUCACCCCAUAGACAAACAAGCCCUUCUUCAUUUCAAGAAAAUGAUCACUUAUGACCCUUCAAAUCUUCUUCUUACAUGGAAUUCUAGUACAAAUUGUUGCACCCAUUGGAGGGGCAUUUCUUGCCACCCCCUCUCUUCACGGGUUCUGGUGGUUUCCAUUCCAGGAGUCUUCACUGACCCCUCCGACUCCCCCGUCGACACCUUGAUGUCCGGAAAAAUCUCACCAUUCCUCGCAAACCUCACCGCGCUCCGCGUCCUCGAUCUCAACAACCUUAAACGGCUCCACGGCCGCAUCCCGCCCGAAUUAGGACACCUUUCGAACCUACAUUCCCUAUUUCUCGAUUCCAACAACCUCGCCGGACCAAUCCCCGAUACCUUCCGGAAGCUAACACGGUUGCGAGACAUGUAUCUCGGAAAUAACCGCCUCUCCGGCCCCGUCCCGCCGUCCCUUUUCGAUAACUUUACGUCACUUCUCCAUUUGGGGCUCUCGGACAACCGCCUGUCGGGUAUAUUGCCAUCGUUGAUGUCUAAAAUGGUCUCGCUCACUGACCUCGAUCUCCACGGGAACAAUUUCUCGGGCAGCAUACCGGAAUCGAUCGGAGAACUCGGAAACCUCGUACGUCUCGACCUGUCCGAAAACCAGCUGUCCGGAGCCAUGCCCGAAUCCAUCGGUCGCCUGUCGAGGCUCGAGGAAUUCGACGUAAACAGCAACUUUAUCUCUGGGAGAAUCCCGAGGUCCGUUGAUGGGCUAUCGUCGUUGCAAUUUCUCCGGUUAUCGAACAACAGGAUGACAGGUGACAUUCCGGGGUCAAUCGGCAGCCUGCCGAAGAUUCGGAGCCUGGUUUUCGAGAACAAUAGGCUCGCCGGAAAUAUACCUCCGGCAAUCGGAAAUCUCACAGCGCUUACCGAUAUGUACUUCUCGAAUAACCAAUUAACCGGUCGAAUCCCACCGGAGAUCGAAAACCUGGAAAAUUUACAAACCCUGGAUUUGUCGAAGAACAAGCUGACCGGCGCGAUCCCCUCCGGGAUUACGAAGCUGCAAAAUUUACAAAGUUUGGAUCUUUCUUUCAAUCCGUUACGAUUGAAAACCGUACCCGAUUGGUUCGAGAAAUUACGAGUCUUUCGACUUCUCCUCACCGGGACAGGGCUCGAAGGCUCGAUCCCGGCGUGGCUCGCCUCUUCGUCGAUAUCGACGCUCGAUUUAUCGAGCAAUCAUCUGACGGGGAAACUUCCGGCCUGGAUCGGGAACAUGACGAGCCUGUCGUCGCUAAAUUUAUCCGGCAACGGAUUCCAUUCCUCGAUCCCUGACGAGUUCAAGAACCUGACUGUGCUCUCAGAUAUCGACCUCCACUCGAACAACCUGUCGGGGAGCUUGAAACCGAUAUUCUCGAAGACGUCGGAGUUCGCGAGGGGCCAUUACGACUCCGUCGAUCUUUCCGGGAACAUGUUUUCCGGCGACAUCGACGCCGGAAUUGGGGAAGAACCUGGUGCCCUGGAUUUUGUCGAAUCCCUGAUUCUGUCGGGCAAUCCGUUGGAAGGACGUAUACCAAAAGUGUUGGGGAAGUUGAGCUACUUGCGGGUGCUGGAACUCGUCGGGAAUGGACUUUCCGGCGGGAUUCCGGCGGAGAUCGGCAGUGCUGGGAACCUGGAAACGCUUUUGCUGUCGAGAAAUGAUCUGCGUGGGGAAAUCCCGGAGGAGGUAAUGAACCUGGAAUAUCUGCAGAAGUUCGACGUUUCGGAGAAUAAGUUGAGCGGGAGGAUACCGCCGCAUAAGAAGCCGAUUCCGGCGUCGGCGUUCGCCGGAAAUCCUCAGCUCUGUGGAGCUCCGUUGCCUCCAUGUAAGCGUUUGUAAGCUUGCUUUCAAUUUGUUAUUG